AUGUCCGUAACGGAAGAAGCGACACCUAGCCAAGCGCCCGCGGCGACAAAAACGCCGUUGGGGAUGCGAAAGAAUGGCAAGCAAUGGCAUGAGCCCAAAAAGGCGUUCCGGCCAAAGGCGGGGCUGACCUCCUACGAGCAACGGGCAAAGGAAAGGGAAGCUAUGGCCGCCGCGAAGGCGAAGGAGAAGCAGAUGAAGGACGAGAAGGAGGCUUUGCGCCAGCAACGAACCCAAGCUCUCCGAGAGAAAAGAGCCAAGAAGGAGGAGAAGGAGAGAUACGAGAAGAUGGCGGAGAAGAUGCACCGCAAGAGGGUUGAGAGGUUGAAGCGCAAGGAGAAGCGCAACAAGUUGCUCAAUUCGUGA